AUGUCUCUGCACUAUCUCCCCCCCGUCAAGCCCUCUGCCAUCGCUCUCGGCACGGCCUUCAACCACGGCAUUGAGCUCGCCGUCCUCGCUCCCAUCUUCGGCCAGACCUACCAGCGCGCCAAGGCUGCCAACACCAAGGAGGAGUUUAUCCGCUCUAAGGAGGCUUCCGGUGCUGCUCUAGCCUGGGGCUCUUCCCUCAUCGGCUCUGCUCUUCAGUCUUAUGGUGUCGGUGCUCUCAUCAACGCCACUGGUACCCUGAGCUACAAGGGCGCUGCUUACCUUGGAUCCCUCAUCUUCUUCGCUACCUCUGCUCCCGGCUACAUUGCUCAGAUCUUCGUAGAGAAGCGACCUCUCGACACCGUCGGCGUCAGCCUGGCUACCAAGCUCGUUGAGACCCUCGGUCUCUCCGUCUUCCUCACCUGGUGGGGAACCCGAACCAACCCUUUUGAGUAA